AAAUGUAUCGAGAGGGAGUUUCCAGCAAACGAAAUUUGGAAUAUUAAGGUGUCAGCGUACAUGCCCGUCUACAUGUGUAGUUCAUCCUGAAUGCUGGUCCAGGAGAUACACACCGCAGCAUGCUGUUGUGAAGUUGAAGCGUAUUAGGGCAGGAUGCAGUCUUCAAACCACCGACUACGAGAUAUGGAGCAGCACCACCCGCUGCUGUCGGCAGGUGCAGAUGUCGAGACAGGGAGCCUGGCAGCCGGUGUGAUGGUUGGGGGCCCCCACGCGGCCCAUACAGCAGGGAACCGCACACUGUGGUUCAUUCAGGACAGCUGUGGCAUGGUGUGUGCAACCAUGACCUGGUUCCUGGUGCUGUAUGCGGAAUUUGUGGUGAACUUUGUCAUGCUUCUGCCCGCCAAGAACUUCUGGUACUCACUGCUGAACGGGGCCACCUUCAACUCGCUGGCUGUUCUUGCAUUAGCCUCACACCUGCGCACCAUGUUGACUGACCCGGGUGCAGUUCCUAAGGGCAAUGCUACUAAGGAGUAUAUGGAGAGCUUGCAGCUGAAGCCUGGUGAGGUCAUCUACAAGUGCCCAAAGUGCUGCAGCAUCAAGCCUGAGAGAGCACACCACUGCAGUAUUUGUAAACGAUGCAUCCGGAAGAUGGAUCAUCACUGUCCCUGGGUCAAUAACUGUGUGGGAGAAAAGAAUCAGAGAUUCUUUGUUCUUUUCACUAUGUACAUAGCCUUGAUUUCCGCCCAUGCACUGGGCCUCAGCGGUAUGCACUUCUUCACCUGUAUUAAAGUCCAGUGGAGCGAGUGCAGCGAAUUCUCUCCAGGGGUGUCUGUGCUGCUGCUGAUUUUCCUCUGUCUCGAAGCCAUCCUCUUCCUCACUUUCACAGCUGUAAUGUUUGGUACGCAGAUCCACUCCAUCUGCAACGAUGAGACGGAGAUUGAACGUCUUAAAAAUGAGAAGCCAACAUGGGAACGUCGCAUGAGAUGGGACGGAAUGAAAGCUGUAUUUGGAGGUCCACCUUCUCUGCUGUGGUGCAAUCCGUUCACGGGCCUGCGUCUGCGGCGUUUGAUGCUGUUGACCCACGGUCGCCGUGCCGGGUCUGAGUUUUCUGUCUGAGAAGCAGGGCAGACUGAUGCAACUCACCAAGACUUGACCGUGCCGAAAGCAAGAUUUCUUGUAUGCCCUCUUUGGCUGCGGCUGAGAUGGACCUCUUUUCCCUGAGGCUGCCCUUCUUGAGUGGGUGACACGGAGACAUGCUGCUGCAGUGGGACCCCAGUGCAUCACAACCGCCACUGAAAGUUUGUAUUGUCACUUUCACAUGCUGAUGUAGACCCAACACCUUUGGCGUUGGUCUGCACAAGUAUGCUGAACAACUGGAAUAUUUUUUUUUUUUGACAUGAGCAGCUUUUCGGUUUGUUUUGUGUGUUUUUACAUAAAGCAUGCAGUAUGUAACUCAAAUGACUCUUUUACUCCUGACCAUAUAAGGUGCUGUUCAAAGUCAACUCAUGCACCUUUAAUACACAAUUAGAGCAGUUUCUUUUCUUUGCUGCAGACAUGACAUUCAAGAAUUGUCUUUGAGUUUUUUUUUUGAGGGAGGAUCAGCAACAUAUCUUUCAUCAUCACUGGACCCAGACAAGUGGAAUCGAGAUUGGGAAAUGCUUGAAAGCGCUUUUAUUGGACCCAGACAAGGGAAUCACAGUAAAGGACAUGCACACAUGACACUUGAAAAGAGCCUGGAUAUGGAGCACAGUGAACAUCAGAGAUUGAACUGUGCCGUCUCAAUUUGCAUGUAUAACAGCUCAAUCAGUCAGCAUCUCAGCCUGGAAAAAUAGGCUUUCAUCAUCUUCAAAUUAAUGAACAGGCUACUGUGAACACAAGCCUCAUUCUUAUUCAAGAAGACUGAGUGGCAUUUCCAAUCCAUUCUUCUCCUUUGUCAUGGUUUCUCCUUCCGUGGCUGAAAUGAUUGAUUCUUUAGGUUACUCAGGCCAGUAGAAAUUAAUUUUCCCUUUUUUUUUUCUUUUUCAAAAUAACUGCUGAAGCUCCAUCACCGUGACCACUCCUCAACAGCUGACCGUAUGACUCACUGGAGAUGAGUGCUGUUACUCUGAGUCUCCAUUUGGACAAAAAAAUAAAUAAAAUAGACAGUUUUGUAGUAAUUGUAUGUGUUUAUAAAUUUGCCAUUCCGCCACUCCUACAUGCUGCUCAACAUCUCUAGAACAGUUGGUGACUGCCAGACCACUGAUGUGAUAUGGGUUGGAGACGGAGUGUUAACAGAAUUGUUUUACUCAGUUUUUUCCUCUAUGUGGAGAACUGGAGCCUACUUCUGUGUGUAGUAGUAUGUAAGAACAGUUGGAUUAGACAUAAUAGCAUUUAAACCCCAGAAAAACACCCUUACAAACUCUCCAGACAGAGCCAAGUCUGAGACGUGGUCACUUUGCAUGCUCCUCGGCCAACCAUGUGGUGCACAGCGUUUUGAAAAGGAGGACUUGAAACACUCGCACAACCUCCUUUUGGCUCAUUGUGAGCUCAUUGGGAUCUGCAGAGCCAAGCUCCAUUGUGAAGUCAGCCUGUAGAUUUACAAAGGAAAUGCUUUGCUUAAAAAAAAAAAAAACAAAAGGCUGAGGUACCAGGCUCAUUAUACAAGCUUUAAUACUGAACAAAGUCUCGGGGAGCUCAGCAGAUGCUUGCCAGGCCUUUUCCUACUUUCCACUCCAGAGAGGCCUGUAAACAUCGAGGUGCAGGAUAGUAGCAGACACUUUCCCGGGUGUUACUAGAACACUUAUCCAUGCCUUUGAAAUCAUUCAGUCAAGUGAAUUUAUCAGCUUGAAAGAUAUUGUAAUUUUUUUUUUUUUUGCCAUAUUUAUGAAAGUGUCCAUUUUGUGACCACUUGUCUCCUUUUUUUAUUUUUUUUCUGCAUAGUUAAUGAGCCUGUUAGCACUGGAUGAAUGUGGCUUUUUGAAUCUGUGGUUCAGGAUUUAAAGUCAAGUCCUGACUUACAGGCCGGUAUUGUCAAAGUAUUAUCAAAUCUAGACUUUCAAAGUCUCUUUUUCUUGCUUGUUGAACAGUAUACUGCUGUUUGUUCUCAUCUGUGGUUGUCAGAAGGAACUCUAUCUCCACUGUUUACACUAAAUGAUGACACCUGAUGCUCUAUGGUGAUAAUGUUUUAGGAAAUAUGCUGUCAUUAGAAUGUAAAAUGUGUCUAUUUUGGGACUAAGGGUCAAGGUACUGAAAGCUAACUGAUAUCAGGGGAAUUUAUUAAGGGUCUCAUUUCUUAUUUUAUUUUUGCUGGACUGCCUAACUUCAGCAACAGUUUUCUGGUUAUUAAAUGUCAGGAGAACAUGACUUUCCUAUUAAAAUGUUGUCAUACUUUCUCCAUAUUCAGCACAUUCACCCAUUAUUUUAACAUGCCCAGUGAAGAUGAGUAAAGUUCAACCAAACACACGUCCUUUGAAAUUAUUUGCACAUGUAGAAAUGGAAGACGGUUUGUAGAAGAUUAGCCAGAAAACGGCGUGAAAAUCCGGCUCUUUAGUUGUACAGGUGCACAAGUGUGUUCCCAAUCAGGCAACAGCUGUUAUUAAAAUAGUCGCAGGUAUUAGAGGCAAAAUUACAUCCAAAGCUAGUGAACUGCCAAGAGUGCAAAAAAAAUGUCAUCCGAAUACAAGCAAAUAAACAGCGCGAGAGUAACAGGACUAAUACAGUGCUAAACUUUAACUUGUAUUUAUAUUAGGUAGAUAAACAUCAGAUCUAAUACAGGUUGACAAAUACCGCUGUGCUGACUGGCUAUAAAUGUCUCUUAUUGGGUUUGGACACAAGUGUUUGAUGCAUACCAGUGUUGAACGAUAGGACAGUCCGGUUUCAUGACCAAACUCAGAUGCUGUGAUUUUAAUGUAUUAAAAUAAGCUUCUGUUACAGGGUGUGUAGUUUUACAUUCAUGUUCAGCAAUAGAAUCACUGAAUGGUAUUUUUUUGAUGGAUUAUUCUUCGUGUCUCUACAUUCUGCUGUAUGACGUACAAAGCUACAAUCACUGUGGAGAGAUGUUAAACUGUGGAACGAUGUGCAAAGUUGUGUACACCAACACUAUUUUGUUAAACCUUUUUCCCUCACACUAGUUGGCAGGUAAAGAGGAUUUAUGCAGAGAAUCUAGGAUAAAGAGCAUUUUGUGAUGUAUAUUGAUGAUUCUUAACAGGAUGGAUGUUUGAUCACAGAUUUACCAUUUAACAUGACCAUGGACAGUUGAGAAAGAUUUCAUUUCCUACUCUCCCGAGAGAAUGUUUCUUCAUGAACAAAAGUACUUCAGCUUUAUAAACAAAGUAUAAAGGUUACUAUUAACAAUAUAUAAAUGGAAUGUUUUAUUCAAGUUUUUUUUUUUUUUUAAAUUAAUGUGUCAUAAUCUGAUAAUGUCAUAUCGUUAAUGUCAUCCUUUUACAUAAUAAAGUUGAUUAAAUUAAA